AGAUAGACAGAGGGAAGAGAGAGGGAAGAAGGAGAAAGUGGGAAAGCAAGAGGUUCUUGUGAAGGAGGGGAUCUGAUCUUUCCUUUUCGCGUUGAAUUCUCAUAUAGCUUUUUUGUGUGACACAGUUGGUGAGAGAGAAAAAGCAGAACAAAGGAAAGCAAAGAAGAAGAAGAAGAAGAAGCAGAGAGAGAGAGAGAGAGAGAGAGAGAGGAAGAUAUAAGAAGGAGAGAGCUAUUGCUUUCCUUGAUUUUUUUUUUUUUUUUGUUUGUAAAAAAGCUAUUUUUGUAGAUUGGUUUUUUCCUUUCCGCAACACCCUGAAAAUGCAAGUUUGUCUAAUUUGAACAAGGCAUCCACACCUGUACCUGUAACCAUUUUCAUUGGUGGGGUACAAGACUCCUUACUCAAAUACCUGAUAAGCUUGAAUUUGAUUUCAUCUAAUCUCAUAGACUCCUCCAAAAACCAAGGCCAACCCAAGUCAUAACCGCAAAAAGCAGCUCCGAUAUUCAAAGAGAGAAUCUUUGAUUUUUGGGAUUUUCAAAGAAAUGAGAGCAGGCCUGAGCACGAUCCAGCAAACCUUAACGCCGGAGGCGGCGAGCGUGUUGAACCACUCGAUCGCCGAAGCGGGUCGUCGGAACCACGGCCAAACGACGCCCCUUCAUGUAGCGGCAACUCUUCUAUCUUCCCCCACCGGCUUUCUCCGCCAAGCAUGCAUCAAAUCUCACCCCAAUUCCUCUCACCCUCUUCAGUGCCGAGCACUGGAGCUCUGCUUCAGUGUGGCGCUGGAGCGGUUGCCCACCGCCCAGAACAUGAGCCCCGGGAUGGAGCCUCCAAUCUCCAAUGCCCUCAUGGCCGCCUUAAAGCGAGCUCAGGCUCACCAGCGCAGAGGCUGCCCGGAGCAGCAGCAACAGCCGCUCCUAGCUGUCAAAGUCGAACUCGAGCAGCUCAUAAUCUCGAUUCUCGAUGACCCAAGUGUUAGUCGGGUCAUGCGGGAGGCCAGUUUCUCUAGUCCGGCUGUUAAAGCCACCAUUGAACAAUCUCUAAACUCUUCAUCCGCCGCCGCGGCAGCGGCCUCCACCGCCGCCGCGGGAAAUUCUUCCCCAAUUGGAUUGGGGUUCCGGCCGGCGGCCCCGGCCGCCGGGCGGAGCAUGUAUUUGAAUCCCAGGCUGCAGGGGACAGCUGGGAAUUCGGGACAAAACCGAGCCGAAGAAGUUAAAAAAGUUGUUGAUAUUUUGUCUAGGAGCAAGAAGAGGAAUCCGGUAUUGGUCGGCGAUACGGAGCCCGAGGCUGUGACGAAAGAGCUAUUCAGGCGGAUUCAGAGCAUGGAAUUGGGGCAAGGGCACCUCAAAAAUGUCGAGGUCAUUCAUUUGGAGAAGGAGUUUUCUUCGCAAAUAUUGGGGAAGAUGAAGGACUUGAUGUCCUUGGUUGAGACCCGGAUGGCGGGUUCGAAUGGGGGAGGGUUGAUUCUUGAUUUGGGCGACUUGAAAUGGCUCGUGGAGCAGCCUGUUAGCUUGGGAGCGGUUCCGCCCGGCUCCGGUGGCCAACAGGUGGUUUCGGAGGCCGGGCGGGCGGCGGUGGCGGAAAUGGGGAAGGUGUUGGGAAGGUUUGGAGAGGGUGGUGUUAAUGGUAGUGGCCGGCUUUGGUUGAUAGGGACUGCUACUUGUGAGACGUAUUUGAGGUGCCAAGUCUAUCACCCUUCAAUGGAAACGGACUGGGAUCUACAGGCAGUGCCGAUAGCUGCCAGGACGCCGCAUUCGGGAUUGUUUCCUAGGAUGGGGAUGACGAACGGGAUCCUUAGUAGCUCAGUUGAAUCUUUGUCUCCGUUGAAAGGCUUUUCAACUGCUCAACCAAGGCUUGUGCCUGAGAACUUGGAUGCUGCACGGAGAACAAGCUGUUGCCCGCAAUGUACUGAAAGUUGUGAGCAAGAAGUAGCAAAAUUGGUUGCGAAGGAGUCUGAGAAAUCAUCCUCUGAGUCAAAAUCGGAAGCAGCCCAACCAGCACUACCACAGUGGUUGCAGAAUGCUAAAGACCAGGACAGUAAUGUCAAAACAUCAGAUCAGUUGCAGACUAAGAAUCAAGAUCAGACUUUGAACCAGAAGACUGAAGAAUUACGAAAGGAAUGGAAAGAUACGUGUAAGCGCCUUCAUCCUAAUUUUCAUCAGCAUAGUUUCAGCUCAGAGAGAGUUGCUCCCACACCUCUCUCAAUCACCAGCAUGUACAAUAUGAACUUGCUUGGUCGCCAACCUUUCCAACCGAAAUUGCAACCAAACAAAAGCUUUGGGGCUCUGCAAUUGAACACAAAUCUAAAGACCAGCCAACCAUCUGAACGUGCAGCAGUUUCACAUCCACGAAGCCCUGUAAGGACGGACCUGGUUCUUGGGCAAAAGGAAGUCACUGAAACCUUCACCCCUGAGCAAAUGCAUAAGGAGCGCGUCAAAGACUUUAUGGGCUGCAUGCCUUCCGAACCACAGAACAAGAUACUUGAAAGGCAAACAGAUGAAAAGCAAUUGUGCCAAUUAGAUGCUGAUUCAUUCAAAAAGCUGUACAAGGGUUUGAUUGAGGUCUGGUGGCAGCCGGAAGCAGCAAACGCUGUUGCUGCUACGAUAACCAAUUGUAAGUUGGGUAAUGGAAAGAGGCGUGGUGCCGGAGCAAGGGGAGACAUGUGGUUGUUGUUCAUGGGUCCUGACACUGUUGGCAAGAAGAAGAUGACAUCAGCUCUUUCAGAAAUGGUAUCUGGGUCCACCCCGGUGAUGAUCUCCCUUAACAAUAAACGCGGUAGUUGGGAAUCAGACAUGAGUUUUCGGGGAAAAAUGGUGGUGGACCGAAUAGCAGAGGCAGUUAGGAGGAACCCCUUUUCUGUAAUCAUGCUUGAGGACAUUAAUGAAGCAGAUACGAUUGUUCGCGGUAGCAUAAAACGAGCAAUGGAGAGAGGUCGUCUUGGCGACUCUUAUGGCCGUGAAAUCAGUCUUGGAAAUGUCAUCUUUAUCCUCACUGCAAAUUGGUUGCCAGAAAAUUUGAAACACUUAUCAAGCGGCAAUUCUCUUGAAGAAAAGCUUGCUUGUAUAGCUAGGAGUGGUUGGCAGUUAAAGCUAUCCGUUUGUGGAAGAAGUGCAAAACGGCGAGCAACUUGGUUACAGAGUGUUGAAGACAGAGCCACAAAGCCUAGGAAAGAUGCGGGUUCUGGACUAGGAUUCGAUCUGAAUGAGACUGCUGAUGUUGAGGAUGACAGAACAGAUGGCUCACUUAAUUCAAGUGAUCUAACAGUUGAUCAUGAAGAUGACCGCCUCAAUAACAGGUCAUUGCUCACAAGUACACCUUCAUCGGUAGUGAGGGAAUUGCUUGAUUCUGUUGACGAGGCCAUUGUGUUCAAGCCAGUGGAUUUCAAUCCCAUUCGGAAUAACAUCGCAAACUCAAUCACAAGAAGAUUUUCAAUGAUCAUUGGCGAUGGAGUUUCCUUUGAAUUGCAAGAGGAUACUGUUGAAAAGAUCCUUAGUGGGAUAUGGCUAGGCAAGACUGGCUUAGAAGAAUGGACUGAAAAGGUGCUGGUUCCGAGCCUCCAACAGUUGAAGUCCCGCCUAGGUGUGACACUUGACGAGUCAAUGGUGGUUAGACUCGAAGAUGAUGGAGAUUCGGGUUGCCGGAGACAUGGAGAUUGGCUGCCGAGUAGCAUCAAUGUGGUGGCCGACGGAUUAAGACAAUGAUAAUAGUGGGAGUGGAGGGUAUAUAGUUCACAAUGUAUGUAAAUAUGGUCAAGUGGUUUGGCGGGUAAUCAAAUACAUUUGGUACUUGGAGGGUAAAGAAAAGAACCGUUACAAGAGGAAGAGGCGAUGGAAACCUUGAACAGCCAGACGACGCUCACCUCUAUCUUCCUUUAGCCUUCUUUUUUUUUUUUUUUUUUUUGAAAUUUUAAUUAUAAUUUUUUAAUUUUCUCAAUGUUUUUAGGCCAAAAGUUUAUAGUAUUUAUAAUCGUAAAAUAUAUUUAUCAAUUACAUGGACAUUGAUCAAUAAGAUGAGGCAUUCCUCCCCUUUACUUUCUUCUCAA